GCACUGCCUGACUCAGAGACUGAAGACGAUGGCACGCAUGCCUGGAAUGGAAAGUCUUCUUCCACAGCAAGGCAUCCUCCGCUGUUUAGGAGACCACCUCCCUAUCAACCCCCUCGCAUGAAUCACCUUCUAGGGAAUCUGCAUAUGCUGCCUGACCCAGACUUGACCCACCUGCAUGCUCUAAUGCCGGACCUGGCGAACAUUGUCCUCGAUGAGAACCAGCUAAAGAUGUUGUUAGACAUGAGUUCCAGGUCUUCAAGCCAGGAUUCUGUACUAAUCAGUAGCGACAAGUCAUCUGAAGCCUCCCCUCAUAGAAGUCCAGUGUUAACAUCUGAAUCAAAACUAGGUCGGCACAUUUUUGAAGUCACCCUGAAGAAGGAAGACCCUCAUGGCAUAGGAUUAACAAUUGUCGGAGGGGAGGCAACCAGUAGUUUAGAUCUUGGAAUUUUCGUCAAAUCUGUAGUACCAGGUGGUCCGGCAGAUCGCGAUGGGAGGAUAAAGCCAGGAGAUCGUCUUAUUGCUAUAGGGACAGAUAGUCUCGAGGGGAAGCAGCAUCGGGAUGCUGUUAGGAUGAUACGAGAGGGAGGCCCUCAGAUAACAUUACUAGUCUCUCAAAUACGACCACCUGGUACUAUAAAGAAACGCAACUUACACGAUGAACAAGCGGAAUUUGAAAAAAAGCUACGGAAUUCAAUGUUGAACAAUGAAAGUAGCAUAAGUAAACCUGACAUUGUUCGUUUAAAGACCCAUGUUGACAGUGUAGACACCAUGCUUCGUUAUGAUGAUUUUGUUGAUAAUGUGUAUAGCAACAGUGAUAAUAACAAUGUAUACAAUUCUGAUGAGAAGACAUACCCUAAAAUGAUGCCUUCUGCUUCAUCUACAACUGCAACCUUUCCUGGACUUUCUUCGGCAAAAGACAAAAGUAGUAAGCCUGUGCAAACAAGGUUUAAAAUAAAGAGCAAGCUUCAGCCAACUAGAAUCACAAAACCAGAUACACAGCAGCAUGUGAGCUCAGGGUAUCUGGAUGUAGAAGAUGGAUUGAAUGAUGCACCACAUUAUACUUCAUCACAGUACUCAUCACACCCUGUGAAGGUGAUCAGAAAAGGGCAGCAUCAAGACAUUGGUCUGGAUGGUUUGGGCAGUGGUGAAAAGGAUAAUGGUCAGUUGAACCAGCUUCGGGAGGAGCGAGAGAUAGUCUUUAACUGUGGUAGUGAAGCUGCAGACUCACCCAGUGAUGAGAUUAUGCAUGGCAGAGAAAGUUUCUCUCUUAAUGGACUCACAGAGGAGGAAAGGGAGCAUAUUAAGAUGCUCGGAGGUAAGCAGCUUUGCUGCAGGUUGUUGUUGUCAUUUAUGUCUUGGCUUUUAAAUAGAACCAUCCCUACCUGGGUUCCUGGGCCCCGUUUUAGGGAAAGAAAGAAACGACCUCCUGCCCCCCUAAAAUUUGACUAUUUAAAAGUGUCUUUUUCUAAAUUGGAGUGCAUCUACCUGAGAAAUGAGGAACCAGCAAUCUGCUUACAAAUCAGCUAG